CUAAAUAAAGACAUCUGUUAGCUCUCUCCAUGUUGUCUCUCCUCGGCAGACCCCUGAACAGUCUAAAAGGGUCACUUGGGUCUUUCUGCAAAGCUACAGUUGCAAUGGUAGACUCUCUGGCUAAGAUACCGGAUGUGGAGAUUGAUCCAGAGGGAACCUUUAAGUACAUUCUGGUCAGAGUGAAAGUAAAAGAUGGCGAUGUGCAAAAAGACAUAGUCCGAGGCACAAAAAGUGCAGAGUAUCACAAUCACAUAUUUGAGAAGGUCAACCCAGCCAUGGAGGCCUUGGGGAUGGAGUGUAAAUGUCUUGGAGGAGGGAAGAUAGAGCACAACAAGCAAGAGAAAAAACUUAGAGUUUUUGGUGAAUCUACUGGAUUUGGUAAAGCAGACCAUUCUGUGUCAGCGGAGAAGCUGAAAAGUGCCUUCAGCGACUAUGAGAUCACCUGGUCUGAUGACAAAAAAUAGAUACUACAUCAACAUUUUUGGUUUAAAUGUCUGCCUUUAUUUAUUUCAGUUACUAAACAGAAACCAUAUGGCAAUGCUUUUACCCACAUGUACAACCAUGAUGUGAUUCAAAUACACCAUUCUGCAUUUCA